AUGGGAAGGAAAAACGAUGAGAACUGUGGCACCAACCUACAUGUGUCAAGCAUCUCUCAGGAGAAUUUCUCUUCGUGGAACUUGGAUUCCGAAGAACCCCUUGCUGAAAAUGAAAGCCUUUUGCCUGGAAAGGAUGGUGUGGCAGGUAGCAAAACUAACAAGAACCAUCAGGAAGUUACAGCAGAACUGCUGGUGUUGCAGCUGAUCAUAUCAGAGCAUGCUCACAGUAGAACGCAGAACAGUAACCAAGGGGUAUUUCAGCUAUGGAGUUCUCCUGUCAAUAAAGGAAGUACCAUGGAUAGCAGGGAAUUAAAAAAAUCUUCAGUGGAAACUGGCUUCAAUGCAUCCAGUAGUUCCAGGCUCUUCACUCUAAACCACUCAUUUACAAACAUUCAGGGUUUGACAGACACCAAGCAAGUGAGUCCUUAUCCUGGCCAGUCAAUGCCAACAGGUCUCUGCUGGCCCUAUGCUGACGGAGACUUUCUUAGGGACAGAAAUGAGAACUGGAAUUUCAAAUACAGAAAUGGCAGUAUAGAAGACAAUCUCACAGAUGAAAGUGACUUAUCAGAAAACGAGAAAAUGAAUGACUCUUCGCUCAGCUAUUUUAAAAAGAUGGACCUGAACUUAAAGCCAGAAGCAAUAGAACAUGUGGAGAGGUCUUUCACAGAGGAAGCAAACGGAGUGUCCAUAUAUGCUGAUUUUCUCCCUGCUCCUUUCAACACUCUGGACUUGCACAGAUUUGCCUUCUCAAAAUGUGAAACAUGGAAGGCAGUAGCAGACCCUCCGGAAAGCUCCAUUGAACGGCUAAUAAUUCGUUUGUUGGAACUGGAAAGAUUACAACAUAUGACCAUACAAAAAGAGAAGCCAAGGCUACAAAGCACUUUCUCAGUAUUUUCAAUGGCAGAACGACCUUCUUCCUCUAAAGCCAUUGCACUGAAAGCCAGGCCACCAAAGCUUCCUGACACAUUGACUCUACAGACCCCUAAUGUAGAUAAGAGUCGAGACAAGAGAAAAAACAUUUCCUGUUCUGGCAAACCAGAACAAAGUAAUUCCAAAUGGAACUGGAACAGUUCUGGCAAAUGUAAGUUGAACUCUAGACCAUUGCUAAAAUGUUCAUCCACUGCAAAACAGAGCGUUGUUGCUCAUGAUGACUUUAAGAAUUCCAAAAACUCUGUUUUAAACCCUUGCCAGGAACUCCCCCCCAAGCCUACUACAACCCAAGCAACUCAACCACUGGCUAAAGUGGUCUCAACAAAAUGUUUCCCAUCAAGGUCCCCUGUGCCAGUUUCUCCCAUACCCCUGUCUUUUCCUGAAAAUCCAAAGGAAGAAAUUAAGACACCAAGAACCAAAAAGAAGCUUCACCGAAAAAGCAUACUACUGAAUAGACCUUUCUAUGUUCAGAAGCAAAACAGCUUAUCACCUUCACUUAUAGCCAGGGGCAAGUGCUCACCUACUGACCAAAAAUAG